GUCGUCCCUUAUUAACUGGCCAUGGAGCCCCGGCGAACGUCGAGAGAGCACGAAUUGUUAGGAAGCCAUAUCAUAUAUAGUAUCGUUGCUUUGUCCAUGCACGCUAAUAUCAUCAUGGCUCACGGAGCUCCCCUUCUCUCGCCGUCCGCCACGGCACCGACGACCUCUUGGUGGGAGAAUAUUCACACAAACCCUUUACGCUGGCCGCCUCAGUCGCCACCGUCGGUCCGUCUCCGCCGCUCGUCGUCGUCCUACGACGAGUCCUCGGUCUCCAACGCCGCCGCUAGCCACUGCACGGCCCUCAGCAUGGACUCCUCCUCCGGCGGAGAGCCGGCUGACAACCACCACAUGUGGAACCACCUCCUACUAAAUGGUGGAGAGGCAUCUAAUUGCCAGGACGAUGCAGAAAACUUUGUGGAAGUGUUGAGCUCCAAGAAGCUCUCAGCUGAUCAAUUUGACCCUGCUUCAUGCCAUGGCUUGAUGCAUCCAUCCUCACAGCUCAACUUCUUGGGGAUGCAAUCGAACAUCAAUAAUACUGAUAACAGGUGGUCUAUAGCUCCUCCAAACUCACACCUGGAUCAUCAUCUUGCUCCUUCCAUGUUCAGUGCUUACAUGCAAUCUGAUGUUUCUCAUGUCAAACAUGAGUUCGAUCGUCCAGUUUCACCACUGUUCCCUAACAAUGAGCUUCUUCUAGAAAAAAACACUAAAAGAUACCAGACUAUUGGUCGUGUUGAAUCUGUACUGGAUCAUCCUUGGUUUAGCCAAAGAAAUUUGAUGGAUCAAAUGCCAUUUGGAGGAUGCUUGAACAAGCCAGACGCCAUGGAGUUCAAAACUUCAGAGCCUUAUUUGAAAGGCUCAGAUUUGUGUGGUGAAACUAAACAAGGAUGCCAGAGUUCAUCAAUGAGAGGGAAUGGUAGGUGUGGUGGAACAGCUGAAGGGAAGAGGAAAAGACCUGAAGAAAGCUCAGAGAAGCACUUCAGGAAGAACAAGAAUAAUAGCCAAAUGAUCCCAUCAAAUAAGUUGCAGGUGCCUAAAGCGAAAGUGGCAGAAAAGAUAAGUGCUCUCCAACAACAUGUGUCACCAUUUGGGAAGACAGAUCAAGCAUCAGUGCUGAUGGAGACCAUCAAUUGUAUCAGAAUCUUACAAAAGCAAGUACAGUUACUAAGUGACCCAUACCUGAAACCUAGUCUGAACAAGGAACGCAAUUGUUGGGGAGAAACUGAGAGGAAGGAGAAGGCAGAGGCAAGAUAUGAUCUGAGGAGCAAAGGCCUUUGCUUGGUUCCUGUUUCUUCCAUUCCUCAAAUCCACAGAGAGAGCAUUAGAUCUGAUUGCUGGAUGCCGACUUUAAGAGGUUGUUUCUUGUAGAUGAUUAUUUAUUUAGAAGACAGCAAUUUAGAAUUAAUAGACUGCUCUUUCCAUGCAUUAAUUCACUACUUUGAACUGUUUUUGUUUCAUGCACAAGUUGUUACAAAGUUUGUUCUACUUAUAAGAAUCUAAGUUGACCUAGUUAGGGUCUCCCCCUGAGUUGCCUUAACAAAUAAGCUGAGUUGACUUACAUGUUGAGACUUCUAAGUCAACGGAAAGAAAGAUUGACUUGGGUUGAAACAAAAUGCAACUGAAGAAGUUUGAUUGACUCAGCAAAACCUUAGGUUGACCUAGCCUAAAAGAACUCAAAACUCCAAGAAAAACACUAGAUUUAUUCUAAUAAUACAAAAAAAAAAAAGACUUUGACAAACUGUGGAGGUCUACUAAAGUUUCAGUGCCAUAAGUCAAUCCUAACAUCUUACAAACUAUGACCUAGUUUAUCUAUCAGCAACCUUGUUUUAGGUUUUACUGAUCCUAUGAGAUAUGCUAUCGACCAAACAAACUUUUGGCGUCUGAGAUGUGAGAGGUGGUGACCCUGUUGUAUGUGGCAACGAGCAAAUGCACCAGAGACAGACACUUUCGCUUUGGCAUCUUCUCUC